UGGCCUCUCUCUCUCAGUCUCAGUGGAAACACUCUAAAACCCCAAACCAAAAUGAUAAAAAAACUAAGCUUUAAACCCUAACCUCGUCAAUACCUCAUCCAUUUCAUAAACAACAACAAAAAAAAAAAAAAAAAUGGCAUCAGUGCAGCAAGGUCGGAUUUUGAAGCUGAUUUCAGAGUCCCAAACGGAGGCACUUUGGCUGAAACUACGCCGUUUUAGUUCUAGCUCUCUAGAAGAUGAAGCAGCUAUCAGAGGACAACAACGACGACGACGACGACCCUUGAGAUCGGAGGAGGAAGAUGAUGACUAUUCUAGCCGCCAACAACAAGAGCGUCCUCCAGAGCCCAUUCCAAACAGGCCUUUGAGACCCCAACGCAACCCCAAAUUCCAAUCCCAAUCCCCAUUUCAAAACAACAAAACAAGAACAUGGGGUAAUGAUGUUAAUCCAAAUCCAUCUGAAAACAACAGCAACUUCGAUUUUCUCGAAAAAUUCAAACUUGGUCCUGAAACCCCUUCGUCUUCUUCUCCCAAACCCCAACAACAACAUGACCAAGUAGGAGAAGCGAACAACGCGGAAACGCCUCCUCCACAAGACGCUGAGGAGAUCUUCAAGAAGCUAAAAGAAACGGGUCUGAUCCCAAAUGCUGUGGCUAUGCUCGAUGGUCUUUGCAAAGACGGCCUUGUUCAAGACGCCAUGAAGCUCUUUGGUUUGAUGCGCGAAAAGGGUACUAUUCCUGAAGUCGUUAUAUACACUGCUGUUGUUGAUGGCUUCUGUAAGGCACACAAAUUCGAUGAUGCCCAAAGAGUUUUCAGGAAAAUGCAAAACAAUGGUAUUUCUCCCAAUGCCUUCUCUUACUCUGUCUUGAUUCAAGGUCUUUAUCAGUGUGACCAGUUGGACAUUGCUAUUGACUUUUGUGUUGAAAUGUUGGAAGCUGGCCAUUCACCAAAUGUGCAAACUUUUGUUGGGUUGGUAACUAGAUUGUGUUUGAAAAUGGGAGUUGAAGAAGCCAGGAAAGCCAUUACAACUUUAACGAACAAGGGUUUUUUUGUUAAUAAGAAAGCUAUUAAGGAGUAUAUGGACAAAAAAUCUGCACAUCCUCUUGUUUGGGAAGCAAUCUUCGGCAACCAAACUCCUGAGAUACCAUUUCAGCAUUGACUUUUGUUGUUCAUCUUGUAAGUUUUUCUUUUUAAUAUAUGCUUCCUUGGCUUUGUUUUAGACAACCCAAAUGUGAGAGACUACUUGUGAAGAACAUUCAGUGUCAUCAAUGCAAGUUCUCUGUGUUACUUGUGGCUUA